AUGCAGAUUCACUGUGCAUUCAACCCAGCUACAUUCCCAGACACAGAGCAGCUCAUCUCUCAAGUCAUGACUUCCACCGGCUUUGACCCUUACUUCCCUCCUACUUACAAGAGGAGAGUGACGGUGCGCAGUGCAGGAUAUGGAGCUGGCGGAGGAAUAGGAUCUAGGUCUGCCUACUCCACCCACUCUGCCCCGAUAACUUCCUAUGCCUCUUCACGCAGAGGCUACCCAUCAUACACCCGAGCUACUUCCAGCUACUCCACCGUACUUUCUGCUCCUGUGUCUGCAGCUGCCACUGAGCUACGCCUUGACCAAGCAGCCCAAGUCAGUUCUGAGUUCAAGGUUUUAAGGACCCAGGAGAAAGCCGAGCUGCAGGACCUGAAUGACCGCUUUGCAAGCUUCAUUGAGAGGGUCCAUGAACUGGAGCAGCAGAACAAGUUGCUGGAGACUGAACUCCUGCUGCUCAGGCAGAGGCAGACGGAGCCGUCCAACCUUCGGGCCCUGUAUGAGCACGAGAUCCGCCAGCUCCGUGCUGCUGUGGAAGAGGCCCGCCAUGAGAAGCAAGCAGCCCAGGACCACAGGGAUGAGAUGGACGACGUGCUGAGGAACCUCCAAAAACGCUAUGAGGAUGAAGUUCUCGGCAGAGAAGAAGCAGAGGGCAGGCUCAUGGAUGCCAGGAAGGAUGCAGAUGAAGCUGCAUUGGGCCAGGUUGAGCUCGAGAAAAGAGUUGAGACCCUGCUGGAUGAGCUGGCCUUCCUGAAGCGCCUCUGUGAAAGUGAGAUUGCAGAGCUGCAGGCCCAAAUACAGUACAGUGCAGAGGUGUCAGUGGAGAUGGAGGUGGCCAAACCAGACCUGUCUGCUGCUCUUCGCGACAUUCGAGUGCAGUAUGAGAAGCUGGCUCAACGCAAUCUUCAAUCAGCUGAAGAAUGGUUCUGCAACAAGAUGAACGUGAUGACAGUAGGCACUGUUCGCAACACAGAGAGUGCACGCAAUGCCAAAGAUGAAGCUGGAGAAUAUCGUCGGCUGCUCAAAGCAAAAACGCUGGAGAUUGACGCCUGCCGUGGGAUGAACCAAGCUCUGGAAAACCAACUACAGGAGGUGGAGGAGAAACAGAGUGCUGAGAUCUCUGCACUGCAGGAUACAAUAAGUCAACUGGAGGACGAGUUGAGGGCAAACAAGAAUGACAUGGCUCGCUACUUAAAAGAUUAUCAGGAUCUCUUGAAUGUGAAGAUGGCACUGGAUAUCGAAAUUGCAGCAUACAGGAAGCUGCUUGAAGGAGAAGAGAAUCGCUUAAAUGUGGGUGGACCAGGGCCUGCUGCUGUUUACUCCCAAGCCAUGUACUCUGCUCCAUCCUAUGGCAGAACACAUGUCUCCUUGCACUCUCAGCUGAGCUCUGCAGCUCCAUACCUGCUGAGCUCCCGCUUGUAUGCUACACCGUUCUCCACUGAGGAGAUAAUAUCCGCAAGCCAGGCACAGCAGGCAGAGGCCAGCCCUCCUGAAGAGGAGAAGGAGGAAGAGGAGGAGGAGGAAGAGGAGGAAGAGCAGGUGGAAGAGGAAGAGAAGGAGGAAGAGGAGGAGCAGGGAGAUGAGAAGGAAGAGGAUGAGGAGGCAGAGGAAGAGCAGGGAGAAGAGGGGGAGGAAGAGGGGGAGAAGGAGGAAGAGGAGGCCGUAGAAAAAGAGGAAGAAAAACAAGAAGAGGAGGGAGAUGAAGAGGCAGAUGGAGAAGAGGGUGAGGCAGAGGAUGGCGAAAAAGAAGACGAGGAGGAAGGAGGGGAGGAGAGCCAACCUCAAGAAGAAGAGGAUGCUGAGCAGAAAGACGGAGAGGGUGAUGCAGAGGGUGAGAAGGAGGAGGAAGAAACUGAAAAAGAAGAGGAGGUGGAGGCUGAAGAGAAAGAUGACAAACCAUCGGAUAAAAAAGUUUAGAUUUACAUGUUUAAAAAUACCUGCUAGCCUGUAGCUCAAGGAUGUUGUCUCUGCUCUAUCUGCAGAGAUGUCUCAGUCAAACCAAAUGAAAAUCUCUUUCAAAAGUGUACUUGAGUGACUCAAAGCAUGUAUGCACAUGUGCACACUGUAACAGCAAAGAAAUUAAACUGUAAAAGCUAAUGGCGAAGACGGAAAUUGUCAGGAGUAGAAAUUCUGCUUUGUGGAGAUUUGUCUGCUGGUGCUUCGCUGUCACCAAAAUAUGCUUUAUGUGCAAUACCCAGUUUGAAAUGCCUUACUUCAAGUCCUCACUGAGUGCUUUAAGUCCAUGAUGUGCUGCAUUGAACUCCAAUAAAGCCUUGAAGCCUUGUCAACCUA